AUGAGUAAUCCUGACGAAAUCAGAAACAAGAGAUCGGCACGGGUUGCGCAGUCAUCUGCCAACUCACCUUCCUCAGGGCCUUCGGCCUCCCCGAAACAACCAAAAUUGGAUUCUCAGCAACAACAGGCGCCUGCUAAGGUAUCGAAACCGUCACCACUGGGAUCUUCGGAAAAAAUGGUUCCUACCACUGGAAAAGUCGAUGUGAAAGCCACAGAGCUGACCCAAGCAUCCUCUAAUAAAGUCUCCCCAGAAAUAGCCAUGGACAAGUGGUUGAGAACUGAGGUUCUCAGUAUGUUUGGAGUUGGCUUUGAUAAUGGUGCCAACAAUUUCAGGUCAUUGGGCAUGUCGGAGGUCGUAGAUCCCACAUGUGCUGAAGCGAUUUUCGUGGAAAUCCUCACAGUACUAGGCACACCUAACGCCCAGUUGCCUUAUUUGUACUUGUUCGAAGUGUACAAUAAGGCGUUUGCGCUGCGCAGAACGCUCCUGAAAAAGUCAGCUGACUACGAGACGAAACUCGGGUUUUUGACUGCUGUCUCUUCAUACUGUGCCGCGUAUGGCCUCAUCUGUUUCCAAGUGCCUAAGAUGAUUCUCGGCAACAAUGUGCCCGACACUGUCUCAGCUCUUAUUUCAAGGCAAGACUUGCACACGCUUUUGGCGGAUAUAAUAGUCAAAGCGGUCAAAGAAGAUGCGGUGUUGGACGUCACAAACGCCAUUUUCCCGGAGUUGAAUGAGCUCCUUUGCGACAUCAACAUACACUAUCCCGAGUACACGCAAUGCCUCACGCUCUGGGAGACAUUAGUAUCUAUGAAACCCGUAUGUGCCAGCUUCUCACAGAUCGACUCGUUCAGCCCAGCAGAUGCCACUAGUGGCUUUGAUUUCGAGCGCGGGGCCCUGCUUGGCUCCUUGUUAAAGUUGUCUCAUCUAAACUUUGAUGUGGGCCUCUGGUACUAUACGAGAGGUCCGAAAAUCGCACACUUGACCAUCCAAAAUGAGUAUAAAGCCUUGGCUGAGCGUUUGUGGUUCAUCAUAGACAAGCUCAUUCGAGGCUCGCCCCAGACGAGACAGGCAAUCAUGAAGUGGUUUGCUGAUUUGGCGAAUGUCUCACACUCGAGGAUCAGAUCUUAUGCAGACACCACGAACUUGAUCAGUGACGGCUUCAUGUUCAACAUAUCCUACAUGUUGGUCCGAUUGAGUUUAACUUUUCUCAAUUUCCCUACGUACUCGAAGCUUGACAAAAUCGACCCUUACUUUUUCGGAGGCAAGAACAAAUUAUUGGACGUCAAAGAGAUGCCCCGGGUAUAUGCCUCAUCUACGGAAGCCGGAGAGUUUUAUAAAGAUGCCAUGGACGAGGAAUCCAAUUUCAUUUCAGACUGCUUUUACCUCACACUCACCUAUCUUCAGUACGGCAUCGGUAGCGUGAUCUCUACCUGCAACAAAUUGAAACCCGAACAUCGCUCGUACACACAACAGUUACUAUACCGAAUUUUACCCAUGGAUUAUUGUGGCGUUUUUUCGAAUAGAGGACUCAAUUUGGAAAUUUUUGAUUUUGUGGUUGGCUCGGCACAGUUCUUUUUGAUAACCAUCGACCCCGAAAACAAGCAUCCCUCACCAAAGAUCUUUAUCCCAACUUUUCAAGUCGAGAAGACGAACCAACUUGACGACAACGAGUUUUUGAAAAGCCAAUCGCCAGUUCCGUGGAAGUUCAUGCCAGAGUCUUGUUUGGAAGGUGUAAUAAGCUAUUGCGCCUUCGUUUCUCGGUUUGAUAUGAACCCCUUGACGAAGAACGACGAAAAGCUCUCGAUUGUUGCGGAGUUUUUUGUAGCCUUGUUGCGCUGUCCUGAGUUGAUCGGAAACCCACACUUAAAAGGAUCGAUUGUCGAAAUGAUAUUCCAUGGUACCAUUCGCUCUGAAUUUGGUGAGCCGGGGUACUUGUCCAAUCUUUUUUAUAACAACACAGUUGUGAAGAACAAUAUCCUAUACUCACUCUUGGACAUCUACGUUAUCAUUGAGAAGACAGCCUCUUCUCAGUUCUACGGCAAAUUUAACAGCAGAAUCUACAUUUCCAAGAUCAUCGAAGAGCUUUGGGAGGAUUCAUUCUACAAAAAGCAAUUGAGCGACUACGCCAAGAACAAAAUUGAGUUUUUCAUUCGUUUCAUAGCACGGAUGUUGAACGACACGACAUACUUAUUUGACGAGGCCUUCAAUGAGUUUAGCAAUAUUCACAAACUUCAGGUCAAGAUGAGGAAACGAAGGUCUGAUUGCGAAAGUGACGAGGAGGUAUUUGGGACCAGGAGAGAACUUUGGAAUGAGUUGCAGUCUGCAGAGAAGAAUGUCAAGUCUUAUAUGGGACUCGCAAACCAGACUAUGACGCUUUUCAAGUUGUUCACGGAGCAGGUACCCGAAGGGUUUACAAUACCCGAGCUUGUUGACCGUUUGGCAGGCAUGUUGAAUUACAAUUUGAGCUUGAUGGUGAGCCCCAAGCGUUUCAAACUCAAAAUUCUUUCCGAUAUUUGCCAUAUCUAUUGCAAUUUGAGUAGACAAGCUGAAUUUGUACAGGCAGUGGCUAAGGACGGGAGAUCGUUUGACGUCCGUUUAUUUGGCAGAGCAAAAAAGAUUUUGUUGAAGAGGACAGGGGCUACACGAGGGAGGAUUCACCGGUUUUAUACCUUGGGCGCGGCUGCUGAGAAAGAGAGACUCUCGAUCGAGAGACAAGAUGAGGAAAUGGGCGAGAUUCCUGAUGAGUUCCUUGACCCGCUCAUGUAUACGCUCAUGGAAGACCCAGUGAUUCUUCCAGGCUCGAGGAUUACCAUGGACCGAUCGACCAUCAAGGCGCAUUUUCUGUGUGACUCAAUGGACCCGUUCAACAGGAUGCCGGCGGACGCUAGAAGAUGUGAUUGA